GGGCGGGACCGCCGACCCGGCGGGGAGCUGCCAUAGGGCUGCCCCGCGGAGCCCUCCCCACCGGCCGCCCCUCCCCGGGCUCAGGCGGAGGGGACCUUGCUGUCCUCGUCGGCUGCGCCUCGCUUGCUCCGGGCCCUCGUACCCAGCUGCAUUGCAGAGCCUCGUUGCCGGGAGUUAGGCACUGUCCCCUCUGUUAAUGGAGAGGCUUGGACUUCUUAUAGUCCACCUGGGAACUUAAAAGAAGGUUUUCAAGGCUGAAUAGUGCGUUGGCUGCAAGGAUGUGGCAUCUUGGGUGGAGAGAAGGGUGUAUUUUGCUCUGGCAUUAAGUCACCCUUCUGGUGCGGAUCUCAAGGUACAAGCAGCUCCCCAGCAAGUGGCUGAAGACAAAUUUGUAUUUGAUUUACCAGACUAUGAAAACAUCAACCAUGUAGUGGUCUUCAUGCUGGGAACAAUACCAUUUCCAGAAGGAAUGGGAGGAUCUGUCUAUUUUUGUUAUCCAGACCAGAACGGGAUAGCAGUGUGGCAGCUGCUGGGGUUUGUCACUAAUGAGAAGCCAAGUGCCAUCUUCAAAAUUUCUGGACUGAAAUCUGGGAAAGGAAGUCAGCAUCCCUUUGGUGCCAUGAACCUCCCUCAGACACCAACGGUGGCCCAGAUUGGAAUAUCAGUAGAACUGCUGGAGAACCUGGCCCAGCAGACUCCUGUUGCAAAUGCUGCUGUGUCAUCAGUAGAUUCAUUCACGGAGUUCACUCAGAAGAUGUUGGAUAAUUUCUAUAACUUCGCUUCAUCAUUUGCUGUUACUCAGGCACAGAUGACACCAAAUCCUUCUGAAGCUUUCAUUCCUGCCAAUGUAGUUCUGAAAUGGUAUGAGAACUUCCAGAGACGUCUGACACAGAACCCUCUCUUCUGGAAAACAUAAGCUUAAUUUGUGUCAUUUGAAGUGUUUGCUUCACAGUACUAUCUAAAAGAUGCGGCAAGUAACUCCACUGAAGAAUUCUGAGGGGGCAAAAACGAUUAGUCUGAAUAGACAAACCUGUGACUUUUAUAUUACUUUUGAAAGUUAUUUAAAAUUAAAGUCAGUGAAAACUACUUGUC